GAAACUAUUUGAUCUCAUCACAAAAACGGAAAGCAUUUGUUCGUUCUUUCGUAUGAAUGUAGGUUCAAAUAUUUGUAGGAGGAAAUUUGGAAAAAAUGCAGGGGCUUCACGGCCAGUUUGCGUGGCUUUGCAAGGGAGUAUUGAGUUCGUCUCUUUCUGAAAUCAAAUGCCUUUCCACCCAACAACACUUUCAUCAUUUGGUAGACAAUUCCGCAGUGGCAUGGCUGAGGCCGCACAUUGCAGGUUUCAUAAGAAACUUGCAUUACUUUAGGUGUGGCAGCGAAGUUCGAUCCCUGAACCCCCACAUUGGCAUUGGACAGCAAAGGCGAGGAAUUCGCAUGAGAGUGCGAAAUGGGAACGUGGAAGAGACGCUGAAGUUCAUGCAGAGGCGCAUGACCUCCAGUGGAAUGGAGAGGCUCAUCAGGAAUGCUCCACGUUGGCACAUCAAGGACUCCGAGAAGCGUAUUUUGGCCCAAAAGAAACGAGAGAAGAAGGAGCGCUCCCAAAACCUUGCAAGGAAGCUUAAAUCCAUUCUCGUAAAAAAAGUCAGAGGUCUUUGAGAUCAGAUAAGGAACACAGUUUGAAGUGCGUGCUGUACUCUUGUUUUCUAGCAUUUAUGAAGGUUGCUGUGAACUGGGAAGAGGAAAUGUUAAUCUUACGUAGAAAAUGACCAUAAAUUUUUGGUCAUGUUGAACUUUAAGAGGUUUUCUUCACCUGCGAAUUAAUUAUUAGUUCAAAGAUUGCUAAUGCCAUUACUAGAGGAUUUAGGUUCUUCAUAUUUAUUUUCAGCUCGGUAACUAUUGCAAAUGCUUUAUAUAGAGUAAAUUGAAAAUUCUCUUUGGAGUAAAAGGGCACCACCGAAUCAGAAUGAUAAAUUUAUUUGUGCUUUUCUUUGUGGAAGAUGCUCAAGCUCUUAAAUCAGCUUGCAUGUUAAAUUUUCAAAGCUAAUUUGAAGCCUACAUUUUAGGCAUUUGCCAAUGCUUACCCUUCAAUAACCAUAUACCUUUUUUUGUUCUCUA